UUAGUCAGGGCAGCGUCUGCGAACCAAGAGUUGCAACGCGCCAACUGCAACACUUGCAGCGCUCACGGCUUUGUACCAACUUUUUAGCAGCCCACUCAGCCUGUGCUCUGCUUGGGCGUUGUAUUGGUAGACACUUACCAGAGCGCUGAGCGCCGGAGGAGGAGGCAGACAUUGCAUUUCUGUUUCUCAGCUCGGCCUUCGCUGGAGCAACUCUAUAGGCAGGCUAGAGGGCCAACCAUGGACGCGGUGCAGUAUCAACUAGACCCGCGAUGGAUCAAGCAACCACAGCAACAGCAGCAGCAACCGAUGGUUGGCGUGGGCGUGAGCCCUGGCCCGGGCACUCCCACCGGCACCUCGCGCGAGCAGUCCUUCUCUAACCGCGCGAACUCCUUCAGGAGGCCGCCCAGCCACCAGGACUCGUUUCGAAAUGACACGAGCUCUAUGUCCAUCGUGUUUAACGCGAACUGGGUAAAAAUCCUGAACCCCAUUGGCGAGGGCGCCUUCUCGCGCGUGUAUGAGGGCAUCUACACCAACCCGGACACGCUUGAAGAGAGCGUGGUGGCGGUUAAGAUUCUGAAGAAGAACAUGCUCAAACGGCGCUCGGACUGCCUGCGUUUCAUCAAAGAGGCGAAAAUUAUGACAAAGAUUUGCCACAGGAACAUCGUGGCAUGCUACGGCAUCGGCAAGUAUGACGACGAGGACGACCAGAACCCGGGCUCGCUGUUCAUCGUGCAGGAGCUGGUCCGCGGCGGCAACCUGCUGCACAAGGUGUACAAGCAGAUGCUCAACCGGCACAAGUGCGUGUACACCAGCGCGGAGGCGCUGGAGUGGCUGUGUGACGUGGCAGCGGGUAUGGAGUACCUGCACUCCACCAGCGAGAUCAAGCCCAUGAUCAUCCACCGUGAUCUCAAGCUGGAGAACAUCAUGCUCAUGCCGGAUGACGGGCCCACGGGCACCAUCGCCAAGCUGGUGGACUUCGGCCUCCACAAGGUGAUUGACGACCGCAUUAAGAAGGUCGUGAAGCGCGUGAUGUCGGAGGCCAACAUGGGCGGCAUGCUGGGGCGGCGGCACAUGCAGCAGCAGCAGGCGGACGGGGAGGCGGGCGAGGAGGAGGACGAGCUGGAGGCGGCUCUGGCGCAGCAGCGGCGCGAGCAGGCAGCCAUGCUGGCCGCAACCGCUGCAGGGCCCGGGCCGGGGCCCGCCGCCGCCGCCAACGGCGUCGCCAGCCCCACCUCCGGGACUUCCACCUCGCGGCUGCGCCGCGCCGCCGGCGAUGUGGGCAGCGCCAGUGCCAUGCCCGCCGUGUCGGAGGACGGCGAGGAGGAGGAGGAGGAGGCGGCGGCGGCGCCCGCCGCCGCCACCAACGGCUCCAGCUUCACGCGUUCGCCGCUGGGCCGCCCCGCGCCCGCGCCCAUUCCGGAGGACGGCGCGGCGGCGCCGCCGGCCGACGGCUUGGGCGCCGCCGACCCGGUGCGGCGGCUGCGCGCGCCGCCCAAGAAGCAGAACAGCAUGCAGAAGCUGAUGGCCAAGAUGAAGGAGAUCAAGCUGCGGGUCACGGGCAAGAUGGCGGACACGGCGGUCGCGGGCGUGGAGGGCGGCGGCGCCGCAGGCGCCGCCUCGCCGGCGCAGCCGGCCGCCGCCGCUGACGCGGCGGCGAGGCUGGCGGCGGCGGCGGCGGCUGACGCGGCGGCGGCGGCGGCCGCUGCUGACCCGGAGGCUGCUGACAAGGCGGCCAAGAUGGCUGCGAAUGAGGCGCUGCUGAACAAGAUGAUUGCGCAGCAGAACUCCACCAUGGCCGCAACCGAGAAGGCGCAGAUCAUGGACGACCUGGGCAUCAUGGCGGGACCAGCGGCCGGCGACAAGAAGCGCGCGCCGCCGCGGAGGGCGGUCACCUGGGUCAACGAAGUCAGGUACAACCUGACUGAGGCGGUGGGCAGCUGGGCCUACAUGGCGCCCGAGGUGGUGCUGGGGCAGCCCUACAACGAGAAGGUGGACGUGUUUAGCUUCGGCGUGAUCCUGUUUGAGGUGCUCAACCGCAAGCUCAUGCUGGUGGACGAGAUCAAGAACGACCCGCGCAAGGACGCACAGGCUUACGCGGAGCGUGUGGCUCGCGGCUUCCGGCCCGAGGUGCCGCGGCGCUGGCCCGACGACCUUCGCGAGCUCAUCACCAUGUGCUGGGCGCAGGACCCCCACCUGCGCCCCAACUUCACGGCGGUGGUGGACAUGCUGGACGAGAUCGUGGCCAGCGGCUGUGUCGCCAAGCUGGACAUCAUGUACUGGAGCAGGCCCGGCGGCUUCGCGUAGAGGGGAGGCGCAGAGCUGCAGGCAGAGCUGGAGGCAGAGCUGGAGGAGGCAACUGCAGGCAGCUGGAGGCAGCUGCAGGCAGCGGCAGGAGAAGCGCGAUGCGGCAGGAGCAGCGACAGCAGGAGGAGCGGGAGCAGCAGGAGCAGCGACAGCUAGCAGCGGGUGCAGCGGGAGGAGCGGGAGAACAAGCGGAAGGAGCAGUGGGGUUGCGAUGCGUGUGUUGCGAUGCCCAGUCCCCAACGGCAGCGGUGCGUGUAAGGGACUGCAUGGGAUCGUGCCCAUGUGCUACUGGCCCCCUGCGUGGCAUGAGGAGGGGGAGCUGGCCUGAAACGUACGCCGGAAUGUUUGAGAAAAUUACUAAUGGCUGGAAGUGCAGUUCACAGGAGUCUUGCGAUGGCUUUGCGUUGGUUGGGCGACUGUUACAAGGACAAAGACACGGGCCAGCUCUUUUGUGGUUGGUGGAGGUGGGCCGUGGCGAGGUGUGGGCGGGGCAUAUGGUUGGCGCGCAGUCGGUGCCCAAGCUCGGAUUUAGAGGUUGCCUUAAGCGUGCCUUGCACAUGGCUGCACACGCGUUACGCACAUGACCCACUUGGCGGCUGACCGCGCACACAUGCACGUGCUGUUUAUGUGUUAAAGAGCACAGGGCUGUGUGUGUGUGUGUGUGUGUGUGUGUGUGUGUGUGUGUGUGUGUGUGUGUGUGUGUGUGUGUGUGUGUGUGUGUGUGUGUGUGUGUGUGUGUGUGCGUGGUGCGCGUGCGACUGGGGCGGGUGUGACGGGGGGCAGCUGGCUGAGGCGAUGUGCGGGGGCACAGGGGCACAGGGACUAUUGUAUUCAUCCACACACGAAGUGAUGCAUUUGCGCGAGUCUUUGCGUUGCGCGUGGGUGGUGUGCAUAGUUUAUCCGGGGUGGCCGAAGGGAACAAGAGGAUACCAGAUGCAGGUAAGGCGGUAGUGUGCCGGCGGAUAGAGAUUGUGGGCUGGUUACGGUUUAUCUUCAAGCGACGAAUGCGUACACGAGUGCCGUAGGGUCACAAAACACUUGAGGAGCAUGUUCAAGCUGCAACGGGGUCUGGGGGGAUGGCGUGAUGUGGGGCGUUAAGUAGAACCCAACCUAGCGAGGACUGGGGUCACACAGAUGAGGCACGGCAUACGCGCAGUGAGUCCGCGCGACUGCAGUGCCGCGAGCGUGUCUGGCGACGGCCUGGCCGCCGCUGUUGGUUUUCUUGCGGCCGUGCGUUUGUGGCACCCCCAGGGAAAGAGGGAGGCGCCACCCGGGCAAGGCAUGCCGGGCCGGUGGCACCACCGCUCGUGCGCUGCCCGGCGGCGGGGCUGGCGACCGGGAAGGGCUGACACUGACACACGGGCCUCGCCCGCUCUCAAGUACGCCGAUGCCGGUCCGAUGGUGGUUCAUCGGUCGUUGUCGGUAUAGUUGUAUGGUUUGGAGCGCGCGGCCCCUGGUGGCAUGUUGCGGUGCGGAGGGUCGUGCAUGCUUGGUAAAUGCAAUGAUGAGAAUUGAUAAUGCUUGUGUGUGGAUGGAGAUGCAUUCUUCUAGUGUCCGUUUGGCCGGCUGACGUUCAGUGCUGGUUGCUGCCUGGCCACGGGUGAUGGCGCUGUCAGUGUGUGGGAUGUGAGACGGUGGCAUGAGAUUGUGGGAGGUUGGGGUUGCGGCCGCUGGUGUGGGAAGCGCAGCUUGCGCGGCUAGCAGCGGGCGGGCGCGUGUGGAGCAAUGUGGGGAACGGCUGGGCGAGCCACACAGCGCUCUCGAGUGUGGCAUUGUGCAUGUUGUGGCGAGUGGCAGCGAUGAUAGCCUGACGGAUAGCAUCCCGCUUGAUUAGUAAAAGGGUCCGUAGUUUAGUAGAGCCUGGCCCAUCAUCGGGCCGCUGGGUAGCAGGAUUGGGAUGUGUGCAAAGGUCUUCGACUAGGCGUGACCGCAGGCGGCGAGAGAGGAUGCGAGGAUGGUGUGCGUGUUACGGCGUGCGUUGGCGGGGGCAGGGGAGGUUAGUCGGUGCCCAGCCCCAUUUUGUCAAGACCGUGGCCUGCCGUGGCGUGGCGUGGCGGGAGGGGCGGAGGGGUCAAGGACGGCGCCGGCGUGAAGGGAGCUACCGUAGUCUGUCUGAUAUUUCUGUGAUUGGGUCUGUGUUGGGAAGCCUCUCUGCCGGUGAGCCGGUCGGGAUGUAACACCGCAUGAAC